AUGCCCUUCUUCGCUUCGAGCGCCGAGUGGUUCGAGCAGUCCCGGCUGCUGAUCGAAGCCCGGCCCACCACCGCCCGCGUUGUGACCAAGUACUCGAUCAUCAAGCGCAAGACGACCAAGGACCGCAAGCGCCAGGUCGCCACCGGCGAUACCGCCAACUCCGAUGCCACGCAUAAGCCUACUGCGGGCGCCCCGGCUCAGGCUCCCGCCCCGCCCCAGGCCGCCCUCACCCUCAAGACCUACGAUCCCGCGUCGGGCGUGUGCUUGAAGUACCAGACCACAAAGGCAGCCGAGGUCGGCCGCCUGAUUGCGUGCUUGGACAGAUGCGCAAGAGCAAUGGCCGCGUUGCCGAGUGCGCCAGAGGAUACCGCCAUGCCGGAUGCGCCCGCGGCGGAACAGGGCACUGGCACUAAUACCCCCAACCCAGAGCCUACGAAGACAGAGUCGAAGCCCGCCCAAGGCGGAGGCAAGAAGAAGAAGAAGGGCAAGAAAUGA